GUACUAAUUUUAAUGGUAAAAGCUGUACCAGUCACCGUAGCCAUUCGCUUUUAUCGGCAAAUCUUACGACGUAUUGAAUGUGAUAGGUCAUUCCUCUUCCUUACCAUAUUAUGGGGUUUUCUCGUCCGAAGGACGGUAACCCGUCUACACGAUUCUACGAGAAUCCAGAGAUUAUAGCUACCUUCGAUCCUGUUCGCACCUGGCUUACUAGGAACCACAAAAAGUAUACGCAAGCUGAGCCACCCACGAACAAAAGUCUCGCUACUCUAUGCUUCCAGUUGUUACAGUUUCAGGAAUCCACAAUGUUGCGCAGUUCCAAACAGUUUAUUAAACUUCCGGCGCAAUGCUUUAUGGAUUUCAAACCCGGUGGUGGACUGUGCCACAUCUUUCUCACUUGCCUAAAGUUCCGUUAUGAUCACAACUGGAAAAAGAUUGAUUUGUCUUCAUCUUCACGAUUGGACAAACAUCUAGAGAUGCUCGCGUGUAUUGAAAGAGAGCUUAUAGCUUCGAAAUGCUGGUCAAAGCCUGCCGUUCACAUUGCAGCUUCUGUUGACAAGGUAUUGGUGGCACGAAUACAUGAUGCCGCUAAACGUCUGCACGUGCCAGUUGUGGAUUUGGCUUCUGAGGCGACUCACAUUUUACAUCCUCCGCCCUCAAACUGGACUGGAGAUAGCCAUGAGGACUCCAGUACUCAGCGUUUCCGCGUCAUAUUUCAAGAGGGUCGGGGAGUUCUACUCCAUUGGCUUUAUUCCCCCGGUUCCCAUACCACAUGGUACACAGGUUUACAGAUGGAGUGGCCUUGCGAGGUGGAAUCAGCCCCUCGCCCCGAAAAUGAUCGCCCGUGGGAUGUGGAUGCUCGGUGGCUUCUCUAUUCUGACGAGCACACCGAGUGGAUGGUGGAAGAGGAUUUUCUGCUUCCCACCGGUUCGCUCAGACCAAGGGCUACGUACACACCCGAUGAAUUUCUCGCCACUGCUGCGGCUGUUGCUUGUGCCUCCAGUAGCAGCAGUGUCAGUCUUCCAACUGCGCAUUAUUCUGUAUCUUCCAAUACGCCGUCAAUGAAUUUGUUGGAACAUUCAGUCAAAAAGAAACGACGAAGAUCUCCUUCUCCUUCGGUCUCCGAUUCUAUUUCCACUCCCGGUAUUCAUAAAAAGCGACGACCUGGAUCUUCAAAUGCCAACGAAAAAAGUUCUCGCCAUUCUGUCGGUCAUAACAGCCACCGAAAAGUUAAAAAAGAGGAAGAGGACGAGACCUCCUGUCAAACUGCCCCAUCGGAUACGAUCACGGAAGAGACGGAUCUAACAAAAGAUUUCGAUGAUCCCGAACCCGUGCACAAGAUUUUUGCCGCACCUGUUGGCAACGGGAUUCCAGCUGCCUCUGUCAAUUCACGCUCCAGCCGUGUCGGUCCCAGCACGGACGUGUCUGCAAGCAAGUCUAUCUUUUUCGAUUUGGACGAAGACAACGACACUGGAGACGGUCUGGAGUGUCCUGGUGCUGCGGUAAACCUGAACGACCCUGUCGUCGAUACCUCCGUCGCACAAAGUGAUGACCUCCGCCAGUCGGGCGCGGCCGGAGCACACACUGAUCUCAGUGUAACGGAGCAAGCGCACUGUAUUGUCAUUCCGUCCUAUUCGGCCUGGUUUGAUUACAAUGCGAUUCAUGGGAUUGAGCGUCGUGCUUUACCGGAAUUCUUCAACAAUCAGAACAAAAGCAAAACACCGGAAGUGUAUUUGGCUUACCGGAAUUUCAUGGUGGAUACUUAUCGUCUAAAUCCACAGGAAUACCUUACUUUCACUGCAUGUCGACGCAAUCUGACAGGUGACGUGUGUUCUAUCCUUCGGGUUCACGCCUUUCUGGAACAGUGGGGCCUAAUUAAUUACCAAGUAGCUGCGCCAUUAACAGCAUCGUCUUCUGGACUGAGCGGGGGUGUAGCAAGCGGCAACACUGCUGCUGAGGCGGCGCGCCUGGCAGUGGCAGCAAGCCUGGGUCCACCGAGUACGGCACAUUUUCACAUUCUGGCUGACAGUGUCAGCGGAUUGCAACCGAUCGGGACGCAAAAUCAAACUGCCAUGGCGUCUUCCGGUACUGGGCAAUCCAAUAAUCCUUCGGAUGCGGCGGCGGACCCCAUGAAAUCUGCUGCGAUCAAGGAGCCAAAUGACUUGAAUGCAGCAGUCAACGGAUUAUCCAAGACUGAAACGCAAUCAGUGGAGGGAACAACUGUGCCAAGUCUGACAGGGGCUGUUCAACCCAACUCUAAAAGUGCUCCUUCCUCCACGAAUGGGAUAGCACCGGAUGCGAAACCGCCGUUUGUUGGUGAUCCUAGUCUCCGAACAGAUCAGUACUUGAAUAGCCCAAGCGCCGUUCGCUCUGUAUGCCCCACUGCAAACGGGGAUGCGAAGCCUGUGAGCGCUCCGGAUGGUGCGCCCCAACUUGCUCCGAAUGCAACACUCCUGAAGGGUGCCAAUCAAGGCGGUUGGACGGAUCAGGAGACCUUGUUGCUGUUGGAGGCAUUAGAGAUGUAUCGCGAUGACUGGAACAAAGUGGCUGAACACGUUGGUAGUAGAACACAGGAGGAGUGUAUACUGCAUUUCUUACGACUUCCGAUUGAGGACGCAUACCUGGAAGGUGCCGAUCCCAUUCUAAAUUUGACUGCACUAGCAAACGCUAGUCAUCCACUUCCUCCUUUCUCGAAAGCAGCCAACCCGAUCCUUUCCACCGUCGCGUUUCUUGCGGCUGCCGUAGACCCUAGAGUUGCAGCUGCUGCGGCACAGGCUGCACUCACAGAAUAUGCAAAAAUGCGUGAUGAGGUGCCCGCUGGUCUUUUGCAUGAACACAAGGUCCGUGUGGAGUCUGCGGUUCGUCUCGGUCAAUCGGUUGAUCCGUCCAAAUUUGGUUUGGAAGAGGUGGGUGGCGGAAAAACCACGGAGCCUGAGCACAAGACGUCACAACCCCCUACUGAAGAGGAAAAGAUACCUUCUUCGGAUGUCGAUUCUGUUUCUAAGCAGAUGUCAGUGAGCUCUGAAUCUCAUGCUGAAAAAGCCGAAUCUGGUGUGCUAGCCACGAGUGUUUCUGAACCAAAGGACGUAUCAGAGAGCGAGGCAAUGGAAUGUCAGCAAGAUGACGCAGCCUACGAAUCGUGCACAGUCACCUCCAAAGACACAGAUACUCCUGCCGAAAUGCCUUGUGUUGAGCCUGGCAAAAGUGAACUCGAAGGAACUGAGCCUAGAGAAGUUCCCCCUCAGAAGCCAACCGAGCUGACAGCUUCUCAGGAUUCUAAAAUUGCUGUCACGGGGACUGUCGACAGGAUUUGUCCAGAGGAUACGAAACAGACCCACAGCAACUGCCUUCCACCUAAUCCAGACAGUCUAGGCACGGCAGCUGCGUGCGCGCUGGCAGCCGCGGCCACGAAGGCCCGUCACCUGGCCAGCGUUGAAGAGAAGCGCAUCAAGGGCCUGGUGGCUCAGCUGGUUGAAACCCAAUUAAAGAAAUUGGACAUCAAAUUAAAACAAAUGCAGGUUAGGCCACAUCGUCACUCUUCUGAUCGCACCCAUUUGUGCCCCAUUUCAUGAUUAACCCGCAUAGAACUGGAUCCUCCGUGUUUUGGUCGGAGUUGGAAGCCAUCAUGGAACGUGAAUAUGAGAUGAUAGAACAGAUGCGUCAGCAACUGUUACAGGAGCGUCAAGUGUUUCACAUGGAAGUAAUAAAGACGAUGGAGAAUCGUGCCCGUGCGUUGGUUCAUCAGCAACAACAGCACCAACAAGCUAUGCAGUUGCAGCAACAACAACAACAGGCGCUGGCCCAGCAACAGCAUCCGCCAAAUUACGGUCCACCACAAGCCCAGUAUCCCACCGCGCAGUCACUUCAGCCUCCGGGUCAGCUUCCGCCAGGACCUCCUCAGCACCCGGGUUACCCGAAUCAACUCCACCACAAUGCCGUGGACUCACGCUUAUCUACUCCGAAUGCCACAGAUCCAGGAGCUGGUAUGCCUACUGGUCAGGCUUCCGCUCCCCCGCAAUCUCCAUCGGCCACCUUUUCUCCUCAUACUGGUGGUCGCACCUCUCCGGUGCCUCACCAAUCCCAGGACGAAGCACAAGUUCAUCCACCAAUUGGUUUAUCAAACGAUGGCUUAGGUGAUGGAGUAUCAAUAACACCGCCGAGUGAUCAGCGUAGAGAUAUCCAUGCUGGACAAUUAUGUAGCGUCGUGCCACCUCUUCCAGACCAGUCAGCGGAAUCCACCACCAGCACUGCUGUUUCGUCCCCCUCUGUAACACGUACUUCGCAAGCAGAUGAGUCCGAUGAUCUGGCAAUUGGGUCGUCUUCUCAAGGAACACCCGCUCCUAGUACGAAACACGAUGAUGAAGUUCAUGAUCAUCGAUCUGUUAAAACUGAAGAUGCAAUCAUUAGUUUUGAAUCUACUCCGCCACCUUCUGCCUCAAUACCUGUUGACCCAAGCCAUAUGCAUUUGGAUGAAUCGUCUGUACGACACCCUAGUGACUGUUCUUAACCACGUCAUUUGCGAUGCGUAUCUAAAUCACUCGUUACUACUCUCGUCAGCGUAUCUCCUCUCUCAUAUAUCUUGUAUCUAGGUUACUCCUUUGUUCUGUGUAAUGGUUCGAAUUUUCGAUCAUUUUCCAUGGCAACACCAUGCUUAUUGGAUACU